AUGUCUAUGCCCGAUUUUGACACCUCACGCCGGCCCUCCCAGGCCGAGAAUCAAACGAUCCUCAAAUCUGAGAUACCGUUGAAAGAACGAUUCUUUCGCUACUUCCAGCAUGAAAUCACCGGGGAAGAGGAUCUGACACAUGUGCUUGCUGCAGCGCUUCAGGAACAAAUGGAUCGAUUGGCGGACACUUCCCUGAUCGGAGGAGAGCGGGCAGAUGCAACCGAUCACUGUCUGGCCGGGAUUGCGCGCUUGUCCAAUGAGGUCAAGGAUGCGGCUAGCUACAUCCCGACUUAUGACCAGCGGAUAUACGCAGAAGCUAUCAAAGCGUUACAAGAUAAAUUAAUCGAGACCCGAGCUGCAGUCGAGCCGCGCCCCAAGUUCAGUUUCAAGACCAAGAAGAAUGCGUCGGCUAUCUCCCUUUCUGAUGCGGCACAAAUGGCUGCGCAAGUUCGCAGUAUACCCGGGUUUGCUUCGCCUGGAUCGUCUUCCGUGAACUCGUCUGCCGCUCAAACCCCGAUGUAUCCGUCUACUCCCUUGAAUGAGCCCGAUAACCGGCUCCACCUCUUGCAACGACCGGAAAUUGCCCCAACGUCCAUUCCAGCCAUCCCGGUCGACGAGGGAGCGGAUGAUAAACUCAAACCACCCGAGCAGAACCAUGGGUUUGCGGCUACAGCAAUAACCUCCGUUUCAGUGAACAAUCAUCAUAAUCUUCAUAUAAUGCUCCCAGCGUCCGGGUCGACAGCGAACGUACCUGCGUCUAUCACCUCGCUACGCCAUUGCGUUGUCGAUAUGUCCAUACCUACCGUCAACGGCAAGCCCUAUGCUAGUCUUACAGCAAAGAAUGUGAAGGAGAGCCUCUUAGUUUGCGGCCAAAUCAAUGGUCCUGCUCACAUUACCGAUGUGGAGCAUAGUAUUGUGGUGGUGGACUGUCGCCAAUUCCGAAUGCAUAAUUGCUCCAACGUGGACGUCUACCUGAGCGCUUCCAGCAAUCCUAUCAUCGAAGACUGUACCAACAUCCGGUUUGGCCGUAUCCCCCGCGUUUAUACAUUGAACCACGAUCGUCCCGACGAUGAGGACCGCUGGAGUGAGGUUGAAGACUUUAAAUGGAUCAAGCCCGAGCCGAGCCCGAAUUGGAGCCUACUCAAUCCUGAGGAUGCAGUUCCUGAGGAGGUCUGGGCGGAGAUUGUGCCCGGGGGUCCUGGCUGGUCCUUGGAAGAUAUACUACGUGCCAUCAACAUCAACAAGGUCUAGGUUAUUUGUGGCGUUGGCAGUUGAGACAGACUUAGGAGCUUCGGGCGUCUGGGUAUUUCACAAGAACUUACUCCUUUGAACUUUGGUUGGGUCCUAUUGCAUGAGAUUCGGUGGGAGGCUUGAUAUAAACCAAAAAAAAAACAUAUUCUGCAGUCUCGUUUCUCUUUGGCGUGGUGAUCCAGCAUACUCGCUUGCACGCUUUUCCUGCUUUUCCGCUGGUGCUUUCAGUAUUGAUGAGACCUUCGGUUUCUCUCGAAAAUCAAUUCAAUUUACAUUUUCCAUCUA